GCUUAUUAUAAGAAUUGCGCCCAGCUGUACAACUGCGGCCAAACGAUCAGCGGUGUUUACACAAUCGACCCUGAUGGUGAAGGUGCCUUCAAUGUGUAUUGUGACCAAACCACAGACGGAGGAGGGUGGACAGUGUUUCAGAGGAGACUGGAUGGUUGCAUGGAUUUUAACCUGGGUUGGGCAGACUACAAAAAAGGCUUCGGUGAUUUCCUUAAUGGAGAGUUUUGGCUCGGACUAGAGAAGAUCCAUCGCCUGACGCAAAACGAGACAGAAAACAGGCUUCGAGUAGAUAUGGGAGUAACUAAACGCCAAACUGUCUACGCUGAAUAUUUGUGGUUUGGGAUCGGAGACAAGAAAGACAAGUAUCGGCUGAAACUCGGAAAAAAAUCAAGUGAGUAAAUCUGCUUUCUCUAGGUAAUCAUUAUCUAGAGCAGGAAGAAGGCGAAGAUGAGAAAAGCAUCAAAUGUAUAAUGUAGGUGACGAUUGUAUUAAAAUUAAUAUUUACAGUAGUGUGUGCGCGCCUCUCCGAAGAGCUGAUUUCUAUCACGCUUGCAAUUUGUAUCAGGGUAAACCUUGUCUAUAUCGAAGCUGAGGGCUGAGGGAAACUUCACAGACUCCUGUGUGUUUUGACAAUUCAUGAUAUGAUGCGAGAACAGAGUUCAGUAAUUGUUUUAUUACUGACUAUUUUCUAUAACAAUCUACAAAAUAGUGUAAAAAUUCUUUUACGAAAAAGAAGCUGGACAUCCAAACUCGAAAAUACUGCCCGAGGCCGUAGGCCGUAUCAUCAUCAUUAUCAUUAUACUUUAUCACUACAAUUGUUAUAAUUAUUGGUGUUUUAUCAUUGCUAUUAGAAUGUGCGACUGUCAAUGAUUCUCUCAGUGAUCAUAAAGGCUCCCCGUUUGGUACCUGGGACAAAAUUUACAAGCAUUGUACCCAUAAGAUUUAUGGAGGCUGGUGGUAUAUCAACAAUACUGAAUGUGCUGUUUCGUCAAAUCUCAAUGGUUUUUAUCAUUAUUGUAAAAAGAGAAAAAGGAACAUGAGCGGGACCUUGGCCGAGCGAAAGAUUCACUGGAGUAAUUUAUCUGGCACAGCAAGUAAAACCAGUCCAGUAACAUCUGAAAUGAAAAUAAAACCUGUGGAUUUACCUUUUAAGUGUUAAAACACUUUAUUGAACACAUGUAAUCGUUCAAUUGGCGUCUAGUCGAUUUCUUGAUUAAUAAAUACGUUAUUUGAGUCAAACUUGUUAUUGAAGAAUUUACUUUAGAAUUUGUUUCUCUCCCGCGGGUGCGGGUGGGGAUUGUUAGAUAUGUAUUUUAUUACUAAAAUAAAUAAGUUUUUGUUGUUUUUGUUUUGUUAUAUGACUGUGGGAGUUGGGAAAUUGAUGAGACUAUUAAACCAUCUAUUAAAUAACGAUGUGUGGCCUUAAAUAUUUCAUUUAGAGUUCUUUCUUCAAACCAAGCGAUUUCCUCGAUCCCUUACUACGCACAAAGAGUAAGGGCGAACUUUCGAUGAGGCAUAACCUUCAGUUGCUACUAAACAUGUACCAAAAUACUGAAACCAUCGAAGAAGGCUUUCCUGGCUGACUUGAUCAAUUUAAAAGCAUGGAAUGAGCGAAAGACAGCUUUAGAAUUUAGAAUUUCGGGUAGACAAAGCUCUUCUGGGCAAUUGGGUGAUCGUCUGACUAGGAAACGUUUUCAAUAGAUCUCAAGCCCAUCCCAUGUAAAUUUUUGUAGGACUUUUCUCUCCCGGUGAGACCACAGGCAGACCACACUAUGAGUUCGUGGUUAAUAAUUGCAGAUAUAUGGCGUGCGAAAUCCAUAAGGGUUAUGAAUAAAGCUCUGAAAAUUACAUAUCUAAAUUACACCUCGGUCGGUCUGAAUGUCUCAAUAAAGUUAGAUAAAAUAUUUAUCAACUAGUUUUUGGUAUUUUUUCACCUUCAUGGGCCGUUUGAAAAUUCUUUUUAUUACGAAAUUACUUCCGACAAAGAUAAUUUUGGAAGAAUUUACAGAAAUGACGGAUAAUAUCAUUUCUGUGAUAAUUAAGUUUCAAAUCUUAAACAACUUUUCCCACCCUCUAAAGUUCACCUUCACACAAAGCAAAUACUCUUCUCUUCACGAGAUUUUGCAUAUAGUAAAAACUUUCAUUUAAAAAGAAUAAUAAACAACGUGGCGCCUGACUCUCUUUGAAAAGUACCGUAUUUUAUUUGUUUUAAGCGCCCUGUGCGCUUAUCAAAUUUUUGGACCUUGAGAGCCGGGACGUUUAUCCGAUGUGGGCGCUUACUGCCCUUAUUCGAGGCUAGGCGCCUCUUGAACUUUCACCACUUUUAGCAAGGAGUUAAUUUAUUUUGCAACUAAAUGAUACAUGAUAACAAAAGAUGACGAUGUACCAUAUGGGAGUGAAUUUAUAGUUUGUGAGCCAUUAAAGAAAUUUUAAUACUCCCCUGAUGCAUUUCAGUUUCCGCUUAUUCGAAGCACUGGGCGCUCAUUAACUCUCUCCAGGCGUUUAUUCGGGGUAGCUGCUUACAAAUGGUACCAUUCUUGCAAAAAGCAAAAUCAUGAUUUAGUAAAAAGUCUAAAUAAAAAAGCGUUUAAUAGAAAAUAAAAGAAGGCCGAAGAAAGCAGAAGACUACGCAGAUGGUGCGACAUGGACGCAAACCGAAAUCAGCAGCGACUUCAGCCGAUGAGAGAUGCGAUGACACCUGAGAAACCUCCUAUCAAUCAAUCAAUCAAUCAAUCAAUCAAUCAAUCAAUCAAUCAAUUAAUCAAUCGUUUCCUUGGAGGAAUUAAAAAAAAUGGUUAAGCUUUAAUCAUCUCACCCUUCUGAAAUUGUACUUACCAACAUUUAAUUUUAUUAUCUUUAAUAUUUGAUCCAAGAACUGAUCUACCCUAGGUGAUAAAAACAGAUGGAAAGCAGGAAGAACCGAGAAAUUUUUUCUCAAAUGAAAUUUCUACAUUUUUUACAGGAUCGUCAUUACUAAACCUUAUCUAAAGCUGGAACUAAAGGUCUUUCCUCAGAAAUGUGAAAAAAGGCGAAAAUUUAAAUUAACCUCACCUUCUCAAAAGCCUUUUACUCGUGAGUUUAAAUUUUGACAGGGAGAGUUUUUAUCUUGUCCGAACUCUUGAUCCAACCGCUCUCUGUGUUUAGAUUUAGUUAAAUCAUUUUUAAAGCCGAGUUCCCUACACUUUUUUUUGUCAACCUCUUUGAAAAAUAUUGGUUUGAUGAUUCGUAUAGUUGAGUACAACAUAAGUGCGUUGAAGAUGCGUUGGCGAUCGAUGUACGAAGGCUUAUAGCUCAUAUUUGUGAUUACAUCGGAAGCCAUGCAAAGGUCUUGUCCACCAGAUAAUACCAAAAUGUUUUGAAAAAGUACUACAAGCUGACUUAAAAGUUUGCUAGAACGUUCACCGAUUAUCUGCCAUUAGUGGACAAUCUUCGCUCUUUGCUGAUUUCUGAGACGAUUGUUCCAGCUUUGUGCUUUUUUCAGAUCCUCUUUUUGUUCUGCCAUGAGCUUCUCCAGAAAAGCAUACUCCACCUCCAUUGUCUGAUAACUCCAACUUAAGUCCUCCAGCCGCUGGACAAUAUCGAUGUACCAGUGGUUCUUUAGAGAGCUGUCACGGCGCGAGUUCAGGGUUGGAAACUCCGGUGGAAGGAGAACCGUUGUUUACAAAUUGAUAUGUUGAAUUUACGCCAUCGGUGGCCAUGGUUUCCUAUGAAGUAAGAAAUUCAUAAUAAGGCGACUUUUGCGAAGAUUCUUAUUUGUCAAUUUAUGGUUUCUGUCAGUCAACUGACCAGCAAGAUAAUCAAUCAGUCAGUAAGGUAGUCAGUUACUCUGUCAGUUAGUCAAUCAGUCAGUCAGUCUACAUGCAUUUCCCAUGCACGCGUCAUAGCAGUGUUUAUUACGCAUAAGGAUUUUACUUCACUGUAACUGCAGCUUGCAUCUGUAAUGAAAGCAUUCGCAAAUAACAUAUUGAAUAUCACUUCGUUACCCUGCAAAAUUUUGGUAAAAGUUUCAUAUGCAUCAAUAUGAUCCACUCAAAGAGCGAAUUGUCAUGGAUCUUUGAAACUUUUGUGAAGCGUUUCGUAAUUCAUGGCCAUAACUUUUAACAAGAACUUGCCAAGACGAAAACGUGUAUUUAUGUUGAUUUGUUUCAGCCGAUAACACACAUAACCAAAGGAUAAUUGCCUCUAAUUUAGACAGAAAGCCACAAAAAAGACUGUGCUAAUGAAGGCAAUUAAUGUACCGUUGUUUAACAUCAACAGGUCAAAAAGUUUGGAAACAAAUCAAAACAUAAGUAUCUUUUAAGCGGAGUAAAAAUCUAGGUCAGUUCUUCUUCAUUAGAGAGAGCGUGAACAAGUAGUUGAGUAUCUGUACUCAGUUUACGAAGUCUUAUUUACAGUGUACAUGGGCAGAACGCGUUAGCUGAGGUUCUUAACAUUCUCGAGAUUUUAUAUCGCGCCGUUCUUUUGUGUGAAUUGUUCUGUGAGUGAGUCAAUUCUUUGUUUUAAAAGGGCCUCUUUCAAAAUGUUUUCUUUCUUUUCGCAGUUGGCUUCCAUUUGUGAGAGCGUACGUAUGUCGAUCCCUACAGGUCUCAAACGACUCGACCUCCUUGAAGAGCAAAAUUUGGAGCCUUGAUUUAAAUAAGAUAAGAACACAGUUUACAGUGUACUCAGUUUACAGAUUUAAUGAAUGUAACCGAAGAAGUAACAAUUCAUAGACCCAACGUUUCGACACUCCUGUCUAGUGCCUUCAUCAGGGGUGAUCCAAACGCUGCAACAAGAGGUCCUUUUAAAUGAUAACUAAUUAGCCGCCUUUUUUCUGACGAGGUGUAAAUAGGCGUCAGGAAGCAAGCCGCCAUCGUCACGAUUUAAAGGAGCGUGGGCGGAGUUAAUAUGCCAGGCCUCCAAACAUAGGCGCUGGUGGUCACAGUAUAAAAUUAUAAAUUUACGAAUCCGUGAAGAUGCCGUAAAGUAAAUGUAAGAUCCUUUAUACGCGUCUUAUAGAACUUCUUUACACUCUCGUAAAGAAUGUCUUUACGCAUUGAAAACGAUAGUACGUAAAGAUCACGGAGAGACUAAAAACGUUAUCUUUACGUGCCUUUGUUUAAAGUCGUAUAAAGAAUAUUUACGAUAUUUUACGGUGACUGUAAAGCGACCAGAAAGGCGAUCUUCACGCGUUAUUAAACUAUCGUAAAUGGACAAUAUUUACAUGCCCAUUUGCCAUUUUGCAGUUGUCUGAAUUUUUUGGCAACAUUCCCUUUUGCUAAUCAGACUAUAACAAAUGUGAGCUAGUGACAACAUCAGCGUAAUGCGCUAUGUUAGUGCGUAUUGCCAAAAAUCGUAUGGAGAAUGUUUGUGAUAUUUUACGCUUCUGUAAAACGAUGCCACACAUGCCUUUCAAGGACUGACCCAUGUAUAACAACACGUGUUUUAUACAUUGGAAUUUAUAUUAUUGUCAUAACCCUUUAACUUGAUUUUGUAAUUUUCACAGUAACGUCGUAAGAGGUUUAUAUACACGGGAAAAGAACUGAAAAAUACAAAUAUCAUAAAUAUAAAUAUUUUUACAUAGAUAUACAAAGUGUCUCAUUGGUUUCGCACAGCUUAUAGGCACAUGGACCUUUGAGUUACCUUUCUUUGAUUCCGUUUCCUUGCUGCCCGAGUUGUUCUCGGCGACAAGUUUACACAAAGAGUCCACUUUUUUUGAAAGCUCUUCGAACUUUAACUAAGGCAUUUUCUUCAUCGUGCUGCCUCAAUUGCUCUCUCAAUGAUUGGUUUUCUUUCAAACUAUCAUCCAGUAGCACAGUAUAACUGUCGCUCACGCUGAUGUGGUCGGAAAUUCUUGACAUUUUGAAAGAAAAAGAGUCCACAGAUCACUUCACACGCCAAAAGUAAAGCCAGGAGUAAAGGUCGGAAAUUCUUGACAAUUUGACUUCCGCUCAGGUUGUCGAAACGUCAGUCACCAUUACCGACAACAGUCCUUCUCAGGACUACACUCACCCGGACGAUCAAACUACACUAUUACAUGUUAACCUCGGGUUCAAACCAUUUGCUGUACUAAAUCACCUGUUAUACUCUCCGCCGAUCUGCGGCAGCCUCGUUUCUAUGUAUUUUCGUCCCCAGGGACUCUUCAUCAAACGUCCCGAGGACUAAAACCAUUGACAAUCGGAUCUUAAAGUUCGACAAUCUUAUUAUUACAAACAUCAGAGCAUCACGCUUCCAUACGUCAUUGCAAGGUCCAUUUGCUGGAAAAAAAAAAAAUGAUUGUCUCAUCACGACAACUUCCUGAUCAUGAGUUUGAACGCGCGUAAAAAAAAAGGUAGUUUAAACAUAUUCAUGCGAACAGAAAGUUUAGAACCGGUGUAAAAGACAGAAUACAGAUGCUGAAAAAGAAUUAAAAGCACGUAAAGACUGAUUAUGCGAAGGAAAAGUUAAGGGUCGUUGAGGAUUCGUAGAGAGAAUUAAUGGCGCGUAAAGAUUGAUUGUGCGUAAAGAAUGCUAAAUAAUUUAAAAGGUUCGUAAAGAACAGCGGGUAAAGAUGCGUAAAGAAUAUUACAGACGAGUAAAGAGUUAAAAGCGAAACUGGUCAAAAUACCUCGAUAACUCUACUGAAGAUGGAUGAGCCAUAAUUAUUUCACUUCUUUGAGUAUUUCUCCAAAUUGAAAGUGGUUAAUUAUAUCCCUCUUGAUCCUUAUCCUUUACGAACAUUUAAUAUCCUUUACGCAGUCUUUACGCUUCCUUUGCAAUUACGCAUCUUUACGGAACGUGAAACUUGUCCGUAAAGAAAAGGCUUUAUAUUUACGUUUCUUUACGUAAGCCGAGUUAAAAAUGCGUAAAUUUGCGAUUUCAUACUGUGGGUAACGCCAAUUAGUGGUGAUAAUUGUAGAAUUAUCCCACUCAAUUGUAUGGUUAGUUGGGCAUGUGUGCUCCGAUAAAGCUGAAUUUUCCUUUUUGUAAAAGAAAACCGCUUGUUGAUGCUCUUUCAAACGUGUACCAAACUAACGUUUGGUCUGUCUGAUGUACUCGUUGUCACAGUCAUUGCUGGGAAUUGAAUAAAUGGCGUCGGUUCGUUGUUCUUUCGUGAUAGGUUCCUUAAGUUUGGCGAAAAUAUGCCCUAAAGUCUGAAAAGGUUUUUGAGCAACUUUAACUUCAACUCCGCCCACGCUUCUUUAAAUCGUGUCGAAGGCGGCUUGCUUCCUGACGACUGUUUACACCUCGUCAGAAAAAAAAAAGGCAGCUAAUUUGAGAUCAUAUAAAAGGACCUCUUGUUGCAGCGUUUAGUUCACCCCUGGUGAAGGCACCAGACAGGAGUGUCGAAACGUUGGGUCUAUGAAAUGUAACUUCUUGGGUUACAUUCAUUAAAUCUGUAAACCAGAGUAGCAUCAAACCAUGUCUGAUUGUCCACCUGGUUGCCGUGUGAAUUUCAAUAUAUUUUAAGUUCUUGUAGAAAUAGGAACGGUAGAAGGAUAGGAUGAAGGCCUUUUCAAAUUAAGCAAUCAGCGCUCGGCCUGGAUUGAACCACGGAGGGUUGCCAAGGGAAGUUGCUGCACAAAAUUUGAAACAGCCUGCAUGCUUUGGUCGCAGAGCUUGGCACCGAUCAUAUUUAGAAAGCUACAUUCUUUCAUUUCAGGAUCGAUUUUCUCAGAAAAUGUCUGAGGGAUGAAGCUCAAAUUUGGCGAAGACAUAGAGCAAUAUCUCAGAGAUCAACAACCGUCACCAGUUAGGAGAGAUUUUUAGGCAUUAAUUCCAGUUUGAAGUAGGGGAGGUCGCGGCUGGCGGCCACUAAGUUGCAAGCCUUGUCUCCCUUCUCUCAACAGCCUUCGGCCAAAAGUAAUUUGGUAAAAGACACUUCAAACGGCCAAUGAAGGCUAAAAGAAAUACCACAAAUAAGUUGAUUAACAGUUUAUUUAACUUUAUAGAGAUAUUCAGACCGAGAUGUAAUUUAAAUUCGCAAUUGUCAGGGCUUUAUUCAUGACCCUCUAGAUUUUGUUCGUCCUAUGUCAACAAUUAUUAACCACGAAAAUAUAUUGUGGUUGGCCCGUGGUAGCUCUAAGAGCAGCGAGGAAAAAGUUUUUAAACAGGGAAAAUACUACGAACCUGCUCUUUUUGAGCGGAAUCAUAAGCUUUUUGGAUUUAUUCCACAAGGGCACUAAUUCUCUUAAAAAAUUCUAGAAAUAAAAGGAAAAAAAAUUCAUGUUACUGUCUCACGCUUGAGAGCACUAGUUAUGCAAAUUAACGAUAAGUAACGUAGGUGACACUUUAUCAAAACUGUAAUUUACAGUAAGCAUUGCCACAGUGCUACAUAGUUCUACACUGUUACUUUUUUCUGAGCUAUUUCUUUACUCUGACUUCAUCCUUAAUAUCAGUGAAACUAAUAUGCCAUCAUCGACUUUGGAAAAUUAGUGAAAACCUGUAGAUUGUGGUGAAUGUGGUGAAUGAUCCCAUGUAACUGAAUGAUCCUGAGUAACUAUAAAGUGCUACGUGACGCCAAUUCGGUAAUGAGUUCUUAACCUAAAAUCUGCCCUGUGGCGUUUAAUAUGAGGCUUCAUUAAUCACUGCAGUGAGCCUACGUAUAGCCGUAGCGUCCCCCGCAAGGUGAGACUGCAGAAACCAUGUAAGUUUAUUUAUUUAUCAAUUCAGUUUACUUUCUACGUGAGGUAUGACAAUAACCCAAGUAUUCCAGAAAAAGGAUAAUCAACCGCCUAAGGAGGUAUAAAUGCCAGCUUAAGACGACUGAUGUGCGGUAUAAAACGCAGUAGUGACCCCCUCGUUAGCCCUUAAGACUUUGCGUUCGGUAAUACUUUCCUUCAAAACUCUAUCUGCGUCUAAUAACCGGAGGGAGCCGGUCCAUUGCCUAAUGAGUUCUUUACGACUAGCUCCUAAUUUACUGCUUGUGACUGUUUUUGUGUUGAUCCAAAAUUUAGCUUCAACGAGUGCCGCUGUGGUAGACCGCAAGAAGAGCACCGGUAGCUGCUGGAAAGAAGGUAAGAUUCUCCCAGCAAAAGUUGGUGAUUAUUUCUAGUGAGUAUAGGAAACGCUUGAGGAAAACAGAAGCGACAUUGGAGCGGCGUGCUGCGUUCUUUGAGGAAGCUAGAGAAUCAAGGUUGCAAAUUUUAUAUUGCGGAAGUUUGGUUUGAAACGGACAAACCGUGAUUUUCGGUAUUGUAUCAAUCUCGUGUAAUUUCUUGUUAAAAUCUCCUUUGCCAUAUGCGAGAGAAAAGAGAUAAAUCGUAUUUCGUAAUUUCAAUGUAUUGGAGUGAGUUUGUUCUUUAUACUUUGCAGAACUUUAGAGUCAUCCUGUUACGCUAAGCCGUGGGCAUUUUGAAGCGCCCGUCGAUACCUUGAGGGGGGAGGGGAGGGGAGGAUUGGGAGUGGCGGUGUUCUUCAGUUGCGGUAUUUUGGCAAAGAAAAUCGUAGAUUGGGGGAUCGAGAUGGACUUUCACAUCCUGCAAUGUUCGUUACUCGUGUUGUCCGUAAAGCUCUGGUAAUAGAGAACCAAACUUUAUUUCUUCUCUUGCGUGUUUCAAAUUUGCCAAUAAUAAUAAUAAUAACAAUAAGUUAUUGUUUCGUGUUCAAUGGGCUUUGUAAUCCAUUCGUAUGUCCUUCCCGUUAUUUUCCGAACAUAAUGAGGCUUUUCAAAGCGGAAAAUGCCUUGAUUUAAAUGCCUUGAUUUUAAGGCAAAUUUGAAAAACGCAAGAUCAGCAUUACGACGAGAAACGUUAGAAAUGUUGAUUUUUACGAUAAGCUGACAGAAUUUCGACAGUGAGAACAAUAGGAUCAUAUCACAUAUUCAAAUGAGAGAGACCAGAGCGUGAAAGUAGUACAGUGUGUGAAAGGGAGGGAGAGGAAGUUUAUCAAAAGGUGACAUUUCGGGAUACAGUACAAUCGUUACUCUCAUUCCGACACUGCCUUAGCCUGAAAUUUCAAAUUGAACUAGGAGCCCAUUAUAAUGGACUCUUUUUGGGAACUCUUAAUGGGAAUUUUUUUUACUUAACAAACAUUCAAUAUUUAAACAGCCCACACAAGCCAUCUUUACCUCAACAGCUUAUUAUAAGAAUUGCGCCGAGCUGUACAACUGCGGCCAAACGAUCAGCGGUGUUUACACAAUCGACCCUGAUGGUAAAGGUGCCUUCAAUGUGUAUUGUGACCAAACCACAGACGGAGGAGGGUGGACAGUGUUUCAGAGGAGACUGGAUGGUUGCAUGGAUUUUAACCUGGGUUGGGCAGACUACAAAAAAGGCUUCGGUGAUUUCCUUAAUGGAGAGUUUUGGCUCGGACUAGAGAAGAUCCAUCGCCUGACGCAAAACGAGACAGAAAACAGGCUUCGAGUAGAUAUGGGAGUAACUAAACGCAAAACUGUCUACGCUGAAUAUUUGUGGUUUGGGAUCGGAGACAAGAAAGACAAGUAUCGGCUGAAACUCGGAACAAAAUCAAGUGAGUCAAUCUGCUUUCUCUCGGUAAUCAUUAUCUAGAACAGCACGAAGGCGAGGAUGAGAAAAUUAUCAAAUGUAUAAUGUAGGUGACGAUUGUAUUAAAAAUUAAUAUUUACAGUAAUGUGUGCGUGCUUCUCCUAACAACUGAUUUCUAUCACACUUGCAAUUUGUAUCCGGGUAAACCUUAUCUAUGGAAGCCGAGGGCUCAGGGAGAUUUCACAGAAACCUACGUGGUUUGACAAUUCAUGAUAUGAUGCGAGAACAGAGUUCAGUAAUUGUCUUAUUACAGGCUAUUUUUUAUAAAAAUCUACAAAAUAGUGUAAAAAAUCCUUUUAUGAAAAGGAGGCUGGACUCCAAACUCCGUAAAAAAAAAUUAUAUUGAGCUUGUUCAAUUAACCACGACAUUUAGCUUGAAUAAAUUAUCUGAAACUUUUACAUUUCAAAACAAAGGGGGAACGAACUUAAGAGAUAGAAAGUUAAGCUUGAAGUUGAAUUCCGAAAAGCAACAAAAAAAGAUACGGGAAAGAAUCCACGUCAGUUUCAAAAACAAGGUUAGAAUUCUUUGAUGCGAUUGGCUAAUUUGUGAAAAUUACGCGCCACUUGUGAACACAAAAUGGAGUACCAAGGGGGAGAUGGAGAGAAAAAAAAAAUUGAUUUGAAAUUUAAAACGUAAGGGAAUUUCACUUCUCUCUGAGUUUGAAAAAGUUUGAGAACGCUACACGCUUAAGGAGCUUGGAAACCAGGCAAACUUUGAGCUGGAGUUGAUAAAUGCAAUAUAUGCUGCAGAUAUCGGGUUAUCCUGUCAACUUCACACGAUUUUGUAUAUGGACUGAAUUCUCUCUGCCAAUCAGAGUUUCCAAUAUAAGUCAAAUUUAAAAUUAAGAGUAUCGUCAUCAUUAUCAUCAUCAUCAUCAUCAUUAUCAUUAUACUUUAUGACUAUAAUUGUUAUAAUUAUUGGUGUUUUAUCAUUUCUAUUAGACUGUGCGACUGUCAAAGAUUCUCUCAGUGAUCAUAACGGCUCCCCGUUUCGUACCCGGGACAAAGUUUACAAGCAUUGUACCCAUAAGAUGUUUGGAGGCUGGUGGUACAUCAACAAUACUGACUGUGCUGUUUCGUCAAAUCUCAAUGGUGCUCAUCAUUGUAAAAAGAGAAAAAGGAACAUGAACGAGACCUUGGGCGAGCGAAAGAUUCACUGGGGUAUGUUAUCUGACACUGACGCAAGUCACACCAGUCCACUAACAUCGGAAAUGAAAAUAAAACCAGUGGAUUUACCUUUUAAGUGUUAAAACACUUUAUUGAACACAUGUAAUCGUUCACUUGGCACCUAGUCGAUUUCUUGAUUAAUAAAAUACGUUAUUUCAGCCAAACUUGUUAUUGAAGAAUUUGCUUUAGUAUUUGUUUCUCUAAACGUAAUUUUGGAAGAAUUUACAGAAAUGACGGAUAAUAUCAUUUCUGUGAUAAUUAAGUUUCAAAUCUUAAACAACUUUUCCCACCCUCUAGGCGCCUCUUCAAUUUUCACCACUUUUUGAAAGGAGUUAAUUUAUUUUGCAACUAAAUAAUACAUGAUAACAAAAGGUGACGAUGUACCACAGGGGAGUGAAUUUAUAGUUUGUGAGCCAAUAAUGAAAUUUUAAUGCACCCCUGAUGCAUUUCAGUUCCGCUUAUUCGAAACGCUGGGCGCUCAUUAACUCUCUCUGGGCGUUUAUUCGGGGCAGCUGCGUACAAAUGAUAACAUUCUUCUUGAAGAAGAAAAAAAAGCAUGAUUCAGUAAAAAGUCUAAAUAAAAAAGCGUUUAAAAGAAAAUAAAAGAAGGCCGAAGAAAGCAGAAGACUACACGGAUGGUGCGACAUGGACGCAAACCGUAAUCACCAGCGACUUCAGCCGAUGAGAGAUAAGAUGACACCCGAGAAAUCUCCUAUCAAUCAAUCAAUCAAUCAAUCAAUCAAAUAAUCAAUCAAUCAAUCAAUCAAUCAAACAACCAAUCAAUCGUUUCCUUAGAGGAAUUAAAAAAAAUGGUUAAGCUUUAAUCAUCUCAUCCUUCUGAAAUUGUACUCACCAACAUUUGAUUUUAUUAUCUUUAAUAUAUGAUCCAAGAACUGAUCUACCCUAGGUGAUAAAAACAGAUGGAAAGAAGGAAGAACCGAGAAUUUUUUUUCUCAAAUGAGUUUUCUACAUUUUUACAGGAUCGUCAUUAUUAAACCUUAUCUCAAGCUCGAACUAAAGGUUUUUCCUCAGAAACGUGAAAAAAGGCGAAAAUUUAAAUUAGUCCCACCUUCUGAAAAGCCUUUUACUCUUGAGUUUACAUUUUAACAGGGAGAAUUUUUAUCUUGCCCGAACUCUUGAUCCAAUCGCUCUCUGUGUUUAGAUUUAGUUAAAUCAUUUCCAAAGCCGAGUUCCCUACACGUUUUUUUGUCAACCUCUCUGAAAAAUAUUGAUUGGAUGAUCCGUAUAGUUGAGUACAACAUAAAUGCGUUAAAGAUGCUUUGGCGAUCGAUGUACAAAGGCUUAUAACUCAUAUUUGUGAUUACAUCAGAAGCCAUGCAAAGGUCUUGUCCACCAGAUAAUACCAAAAUGUUUUGAAAAAGUACUACAAACUGACUUAAAAGUUUAUUAGAACGUUCACCGAUCAUCCGCCAUUAGUGGGCAAUCUUCGCUCUUUGCUGAUUUCUGAGACGAUUGUUCCAGCUUUGUGCUUUUUUCAGAUCCUCUUUUUGUUCUGCCAUGAGCUUCUCCAGAAAAGCAUACUCCACCUCCAUUGUCUGAUAACUCCAACUUAAGUCCUCUAGCCGCUGGACAAUAUCGACGUACCAGUGGUUCUUUAGAGAGCUGUCACGGCGUGAGUUCAGGGUUGGAAACUCCGAUGGAGGGAGAACCAUUUUGUCAUUGUUUACAAAUUGAUUUGUUGAAUUUACGCCAUCGGUGGCCAUGGUUUCCUAUGAAGUAAGAAAUUCAUAAUAAGGCGACUUUUGCGAAGAUUCUUAUUUGUCAAUUUAUGGUUUUUGUCAGUCAACUGACCAGCAAGAUAGUCAAUCAGUCAGUAAGGUAGUCAGUUACUCUGUCAGUUAGUCAAUCAGUCAGUCAGUCUGCAUGCAUUUCCCAUGCACGCGUCAUAGCAGUGUUUAUUACACAUGAGGAUUUUACCUCACUGUGACUGCAGCUUACAUCUAUAAUGAAAGUGUUCGCAAAUAACAUAUUGAAUAUCACUUAGUUAUCCUGCAAAAUUUUCAUGUGCAUCAAUAUGAUCCACCCCAAUAGCGAAUUGUCAUGGAUUCUUGAAGCUUUUGUGAAGCGUUUCGUAAUUCAUGGCUAUAACUUUUAACAAGAACUUGCCAAUACGAAAACGUGUAUUUAUGUUGAUUUGUUUCAGCCGAUAACACACAUAACCAAAGGAUAAUUGCCUCUAAUUUAGACAGAAAGCCACAAAAAAAACUGUGCUAAUGAAGGCAAUUAAUGUACCGUUGUUUAACAUCAACAGGUCAAAAAGUUUGGAAACAAAUCACAACAUAAGUACCUUUUAAGUUGAGUAAAAAUCUAGGUAAGUUCUUUUUCAUUAGAGAGAGCGUGAAGAAGUAGUUGAGUAUCUGUAGUCAGUUCACGAAGUCUUAUUUACAGUGUACGUGGGCAGAACGCGUUAGCUGAAGUUCUUAACAUUCUCGAGAUUUUAUAUCGCGCCGUUCUUUUGUGUGAAUUGUUCUGUGAGUGAGUCAAUUCUUUGUUUUAAAAACGUCUCUUUCAAAAUGUUUUCUUUCUUUUCGCAGUUGGCUUCCAUUUGUGAGAGCGAACGUAUGUCGACCCCUGCAGGUCUCAAACGACUCGACUUCCUUGAAGAGCAAAAUUUGCAGCCUUGAUUUAAAUAAGAUAAGAAAGGUGGAAAAUUUUGAGCUUAGUCGUUGAAGAAAGUGAGAUGCUUUUGCUUUUUGUCGCAUGUGUUUGGAUUCAGGUUUUCCUGUCCCACGCUCGACAAAAAAACAAACAAACAAACAAAACCGAAGAAAAUGUUUAUUAAAUUUUGACUUAGUUUUUAUGGUUUGACUUCCAACAGGACUUAGGCCUUAUAAUCGGAGUAACACACAGCUAUCGUGUAAUCAUUUAAGUAUCCACUUUCCAAACUAAAUAGUAGUCUGUUAAAGCCAGUCAUUUAGGUUGUUUAGUUUUUUGGCGCUUUGGAUCGUUUUCAGCCGAAUACUGCUUUCGAAACUUUGUUCUCCCAUGAUCUGGCUUAAAAUGUCUACACUCGUUUGCAAAAACGUUGACACCUAAAUAGCGUGAUCCAUAAACAAUCAGACACAUGGGCUUCAUGAGAAGUACUCGCACAGUUACAUAACAAUUUAGCAGUUCUUUUUACAUUAUUCAUGAAAAUCUUUGUUUACAAUAACUCUUUUCUUUAUCACGUGCAACCACUUGUGGUUCUUUAACCAAAGAGUUUUGGGGCAAAAUCAGUACAGGGUUAACGAGAAAUAAUUAUCAAGCCUUUCUGAAUUUGCAUUUUAAUGUACCAGUCAGCGGUAUUCCCGCCCAAAACAAUAUUGAAUUUGAACUAAUCUAUCGAGGUAGAUCCUCUUCGGGUAUCAAUGUUGUCAUCGAUAUUUCUAGUUUACUUUAGGCUUCUCAUUUAAGAACAAUUAUUAUUUUUAACAUAUCCCGUACGGUAUAAAAAAUUUCCCUUUCAUUUUUCACCGACUUCUCUUCUACAUGUUUGAGAGCAAAUUUUCCAACAAUAGAGAAAUCUCAUUUCACUUUUUUUUCUAGUAAUGCAAGUGCACCUUAUUGUCAUUCUUUUCAACAAGUAUGUUCCUGCAGCGAAGACGUCGAGACGAAUUUGUCGAAAUCAACAUAAAUAUUCAAAAUGAAAAAAAUAAAAAUAAAACUUGGCGAAUCGGGAAGUUUUGGUUGAGUUUUUUGAUUUAGUGGCAGUUUGAUUUGGCACAUGCUUUGGUUUUUCUUUUCGCAACCAAACGAUAAUGAACAAAUAUUCCUUAGCAUAAACAAUUUGGACGUUUCUGGCAUAAUGGCUUGAGUAAAACUACCUCCAACCAAAAAUUUUGUACAAACUGCCUGAUGCAACAAUAGUUCUGUUGUAAAUUAGCUCGAAGAUUUUUAUUCUAAUUUUCCUUAAGCCUUUUGGUUAAGGAAAAUAUACUAGCUUUCUUUUCUCUGUUUUUUUAGCUCAAGCGAAGUGUCACGGGAAAAUCAAAAUAGCUACAGUUCAAAUUAUCAUGUUCCCUACCUUGCUUGGACUUGUUUCGCGGCUCCUGUUCGCAGAAAAAUAAAUUUAAAAGGCAACAAAAACUAAAACAUCAAAUUAAGUUCGUAAUAUCUUCAAAAAAUUAGCACAAAUAGGGAUCUGUUCCAAGAAGAUGCUGCGCGUUUAAAUGACUGUUAUGAGCAACUACGUACUGUUAUAUUCAACCUACCAUCACUGCUGAGACAUAUUUAACCUGUUCUUCAGGAACAGAUUUUAACGGCAAUCCCACUGAUCUAACUCGAGGAGUUUUAGACUUUGGUGUGACAUACUGCGAGCGAGACAUGUUCAGUGAGGGAAAACUUGAUCGAGAUUGCAUUUAGCAAUCAACAAAGGACCCGUUGAAACAGAAUUUUAGGACUCAACCUCCAUUAGGUAUAUCAAGAUACCAGCGAGAAUCGACAAAAUUUAUAGUUUCGAAAAUUUGCUUUGCAUAUUUGGAAUUCAAGGGCCUUGGAUAUUUAAAAGUUGCAAAAUCAAGUGUAUAUUAUCAUGACAGGUAUAUUAUUUUUACUGCUAAGAUUGGGAUUUAUUCUAAUCUUUGAGUUUGGCUUACUAUUUUGACUGCUCUUGUCUUAUUUGUCUCCAUGGUUACCAACAGGCAGCAGGAUUUCGAUGACCACCGACAAAUAGACGUGCAUAUAAAAUAUAUUAAAGUUCACACGGCAACCAUAUGGACAAUCAAACAUGGUUUGAUGCUACUCUGGUUUGCAGAUUUAAUGAAUGUAACCGAAGAAGUUACAAUUCAUAGACCCAACGUUUCGACACUCCUGUCUAGUGCCUUCAUCAGGGGUGAUCCUAACGCUGCAACAAGAGGUCCUCUUACAUGAUCACUAAUUAGCUGCCUUUUUUCUGACGAGGUGUAAAUAGGCGUCAGGAAGCAAGCCGCCAUCGUCACGAUUUUAAGGAGCGUGGGCGGAGUUGACAUGUCAAGCCUCCAAACAAAGGCACUGGUAGUCACAGUAUGAAAUUAUAAAUUUACGAAUCCGUAAAGAUGCCGUCAAGUAAGUGUAAGAUCCUCUAUACGCGUCUUAUAGAACUUCUUUACACUCUCGUAAAGAAUGUCUUCACGCUUUGAAAACGAUAGUACGUAAAGAUCACGGAGAGACUAAAAACGUUAUCUUUACGUGCCUUGUAAAAUUCGUAUAAAGAAUAUUUACUAUAUUUUACAGUGACUGUAAAGCGAUCAGAAAGGCGAUCUUCACGCGUUAUUAAACUAUCGUAAAUGGACAAUAUUUACAUGCCCAUUUGCCAUUUUGCAGCUGUCUGAAUUUUUUGGCAACAUUCCCUUGUGCUUAUCAGACUAUAACAAAUGUGAGCUAGUGACAACAUCAACGUAAUGCGCUAUCCUAGUGCGUAUUUCCAAAAAUCGUAUCGAGAACGUUUGCGACAUUUUACGCUUCUGUAAAACGAUGCCGCACAUUCCUUUGAAGGACUGACCCAUAUAUAACAACACGUGUUUUAUACAUUGCAAUUUAUUUUAUUGUCGUAACUCUUUAACUUGAUUUUGUAAUAUUCACAGUAACGUAGCUAAAGGUUUAUAUACACGGGAAAAGAACUGAAAAAUACAAAUAUCAUAAAUAUAAAUAUUUUUACAUAGAUAUACAAAAUGUCUCGUCGGUUUCGCACAGCUUAUAGGCACAUGGACCUUUGAGUUACCUUUCUUUGAUUCCGUUUCCUUGCUGCCCGAGUUGUUCUCGGCGACAAGUUUACACAAAGAGUCCACUUUUUUUGAAAGCUCUUCGAACUUUAACUAAGGCAUUUUCUUCAUCGUGCUGCCUCAAUUGCUCUAUCAAUGAUUGGUUUUCUUUCAAACUAUCAUCCAAUAGCACAGUAUAACUGUCUCUCACGCUGAUGUGGUCGGAAAUUCUUGACAUUUUGAAAGAAAAAGAGUCCACAGAUCACUUCACACGCCAAAAGUAAAGCCAGGAGUAAAGGUCGGAAAUUCUUGACAAUUUGACUUCCGCUCAGGUUGUCGAAACGUCAGUCACCAUUAUCGACAACAGUCCUUCUCAGGACUACACUCACCCGGACGAUCAAACUACACUAUUACAUGUUAACCUCGGGUUCAAACCAUUUGCUGUACUAAAUCACCUGUUAUACUCUCUCGCCGAUCUGCGUCAGCCUCGUUUCUAUGUAUUUUCGUCGCCAGGGACUCUUCAUCAAACGUCCCGAGGACUAAAACCAUUGACAGUCGGAUCUUAAAGUUCGACAAUCUUAUUAUUACAAACAUUAGAGCAUCACGCUUCCACACGUCAUUGCAAGGUCCAUUUGCUGGAAAAAAACAUGAUUGUCUCAUCACGACAACUUCCUGAUCAUGAGUUUGAAUGCUCGUUAAAAAAAGGGUAGUUUAAACAUAUUUAUGCGAACAGAAAGUUUAGAACCGGUGUAAAAGACAGAAUACAGAUGCUGAAAAAGAAUUAAAAGCACGUAAAGACUGAUUAUGCGAAGGAAAAGUUAAGGGUCGUUGAGGAUUCGUAAAGAGAAUUAAUGGCGCGUAAAGAUUGAUUGUGCGUAAAGAAUGUUAAAGGAUUUAAAAGGUUCGUAAAGAACAGUGAGUAAAGAUGCGUAAAGAAUAUUAAAGACGCGUAAAGAGUUAAAAGCGAAACUGGUCAAAAUACCUCGAUAACUCUACUGAAGAUGGAUGAAUCAUAAUUAUUUUACUUCUUUGAGUAUUUCUCCAAAUUGAAAGUGGUUAAUUAUAUCCAUCUUGAUCCUUAUCCUUUAAGAACAUUUAAUAUCCUUUACGCAGUUUUUACGCUUCCUUUGCAAUUACGCAUCUUUACGAAACGCGGAACUUGUCCGUAAAGAAGAGGCUUUAUAUUUACGUUUCUUUACGUAAGCCGAGUUAAAAAUGCGUAAAUUUGCGAUUUCAUACUGUGGGUAACGCCAAUUAGUGGUGAUAAUUGUAGAAUUAUCCCACUCAAUUGUAUGGUUAGUUGGGCAUGUGUGCUCCGAUAAAGCUGAAUUUUCCUUUUUGUAAAAGAAAACCGCUUGUUGAUGCUCUUUCAAACGUGUACCAAACUAACGUUUGGUCUGUCUGAUGUACUCGUUGUCACAGUCAUUGCUGGGAAUUGAAUAAAUGGGGUCGCUUCGUUGUUCUUUCGUGAUAGGUUCCUUAAGUUUGGCGUAAAUAUGCCCCAAAAUCUGAAAAGGUUUUUGAGCAACUUUAACUUCAACUCCGCCCACGCUUCUUUAAAUCGUGACGAGGGCGGCUUGCUUCCUAACGACUGUUUACACCUCGUCAGAAAAAAAAAGGCAGCUAAUUUGAGAUCAUAUAAAGACAGGAGUGUCGAAACGUUGGGUCUAUGAAUUGUAACUUCCUGGGUUACAUUCAUUAAAUCUGUAAACCAGAGUAGCAUCAAACCAUGUCUGAUUGUCCAGCUGGUUGCCGUGUGAACUUCAAUAUAUUUUAAGUUCUUGUAGAAAUAGGAACGGUAGAAGGAUAGGAUGAAGGCCUUUUCAAAUUAAGCAAAUUAGGCGCUCGGCCUGGUUUUGAACCAGGGAGGGUUGCCACGGGAAGUUGCUGCACAAAAUUUGAAACGGCCUGCAUGCUUUGGUCGCAGAGUUUGGCACCAAUCAUAUUUAGAAAGAUACACUCUUUCAUUUCAGGAUCGAUUUUCUCAGAAAAUGUCUGAGGGAUGAAGCUCAAAUUUGGCGAAGACAUAGAGCAAUAUCUCAGAGAUCAACAACCGUCACCAGUUAGGAGAGAUUUUUAGGCAUUAAUUCCAGUUUGAAGUAGGGGAGGUCGCGGCUUUCGGCCACUAAGUUGCAAGCCUUGUCUCCCUUCUCUCAACAGCCUUCGGCCAGAAGUAAUUUGGUAAAAGACACUUCAAACGGCCAAUGAAGGCUAAAAGAAAUACCACAAAUAAGUUGAUUAACAGCUUAUUUAACUUUAUAGAGAUAUUCAGACCGAGAUGUAAUUUAAAUUUGCAAUUGUCAGGGCUUUAUUCAUGACCCUCUAGAUUUUGUUCGACCUAUGUCAACAAUUAUUAACCACGAAAAUAUAGUGUGGUUGGCCCGUGGUAGCUCUAAGAGCAGCGAGGAAAAAGUUUUUAAACAGGGAAAAUACUACGAACCUGCUCUUUUUGAGCGGAAUCAUAAACUUUUUGGAUUUAUUCUACAAGGGCACUAAUUCCCUUAAAAAAUUCUAGAAAUAAAAGGAAAAAAAAUUCAUGUUACUAUCCCGUUUGAUAGCACUAGUUAUGCAAAUUAACGAUAAGUAUCGUAGGUGGCACUUUAUCAAAACUGUAAUUUACAGAAAGCAUUGCCACAGUGCUACAUAGUUCUACAUUGUUACGUUUUUCUGAGCUAUUUCUUUACUCUGACUUCAUCCUUUAUAUCAGUGAAACUAGUAUGCCAUCAUCGACUUUGGAAAAUUAGUGAAAAGCUGUAGAUUGUGGUGAAUGUGGUGAAUGAUCCCAUGUAACUGAAUGAUCCUGAGUAACUAUAAAGUGCUACGUGACGCCAAUUCGGUAAUGAGUUCUUAACCUAAAAUCUGCCCUGUGGCGUUUAAUAUGAGGCUUCAUUAAUCACUGCAGUGAGCCUACGUAUAGCCGUAGCGUCCCCCGCAAGGUGAGACUGCAGAAACCAUGUAAGUUUAUUUAUUUAUCAAUUCAGUUUACUUUCUACGUGAGGUAUGACAAUAACCCAAGUAUUCCAGAAAAAGGAUAAUCAACCGCCUAAGGAGGUAUAAAUGCCAGCUUAAGACGACUGAUGUGCGGUAUAAAACGCAGUAGUGACCCCCUCGUUAGCCCUUAAGACUUUGCGUAAUACUUUCCUUCAAAACUGUAUCUACGUCUAAUAACCGGAGGAAGCCGGUGCAUUGCCUAAUGAGUUCUUUACGACUAGCUCCUAAUUUACUGCUUGUGACUGUUUUUGCGUUGAUCCAAAAUUUAGCUUCAACGAGUGCCGCUGUGGUAGAACGCAAGAAGAGCACCGGUAGCUGCUGGAAAGAAGGUAAGAUUCUCCCAGCAAAAGUUGGUGAUUACUUCUAUGAGUAUAGGAAACGCUUGAGGAAAACAGAAGCGACAUUGGAGCGGCGUGCUGCGUUCUUUGAGGAAGCUAGAGAAUCAAGGUUGCAAAUUUUAUAUUGCGGAAGUUUGGUUUGAAACGGACAAACCGUGAUUUUCGGUAUUUUAUCAAUCUCGUUUAAUUUCUUGUUAAAAUCUCCUUUGCCAUAUGCGAGAGAAAAGAGAUAAAUCGUAUUUCACAAUUUCAAUGUAUUGGAGUGAGUUUGUUCUUUAUACUUUGCUGAACUUUAGAGUCAUCCUGUUACGCUAAGCCGUGGGCAUUUUGAAGCGCCCGUCGAUACCUUGAGGGGGGAGGGGAGGGGAGGAUUGGGAGUGGCGGUGUUCUUCAGUAGCGGUAUUUUGGCAAAGAAAAUCGUAGAUUGGGGGAUCGAGAUGGACUUUCACAUCCUGCAAUGUUCGUUACUUGUGUUGUCCGUAAAGCUCUGGUACUAGAGAACCAAACUUUAUUUCUUCUCUUGCGUGUUUCAAAUUUGCCUUAAAAUCAAGGCAUUUAAAUCAAGGCAUUUUCCGCGUUGAAAAGCCUCAUUGUGUCCGGAAAAUAACGGGAAGGAUGUACGAAUGGAUUACAAAGCUCAUUGAACACGAAACAAUAACUUAUUGUAUCCUUAUUGUAUCCUUCCCGUUAUUUUCCGGACAUAAUGAGGCUUUUCAAAGCGGAAAAUGCCUUGAUUUAAAUGCCUUUUGGCAAAAAGGCAAAUUUGAAACACGCAAGAUCAGCAUUACGACGAGAAACGUUAGAAAUGUCGAUUUUUGCGAUAAGCUGACAGAAUUUGGACAGUGAGAACCAUAGGAUCAUAUCACAUAUUCAAAUGAGAGAGACCAGAGCGUGAAAGUAGCACAGUAUGUGAAAGGGAGGGUGGGGAAGUUUAUCGAAAGGUGACAUUUCGGGAUACAGUACAAUCGUUACUCUCAUUCCGACACUGCCUUAGCCUGAAAUUUCAAAUUGAACUAGGAGUCCAUUAUAAUGGACUCUUUUUGGGAACUCUUAAUGGGAAUUUUUUUUUACUUAACAAACAUUCAAUAUUUAAACAGCCCACACAAGCCAUCUUUACCUCAACAGCUUAUUAUAAGAAUUGCGCCGAGCUGUACAACUGCGGCCAAACGAUCAGCGGUGUUUACACAAUCGACCCUGAUGGUAAAGGUGCCUUCAAUGUGUAUUGUGACCAAACCACAGACGGAGGAGGGUGGACAGUGUUUCAGAGAAGACUGGAUGGUUGCAUGGAUUUUAACCUGGGUUGGGCAGACUACAAAAAAGGCUUCGGUGAUUUCCUAAUUGGAGAGUUUUGGCUCGGACUAGAGAAGAUCCAUCGCCUGACGCAAAACGAGACAGAAAACAGGCUUCGAGUAGAUCUGGGAGUAACUAAACGCAAAACUGUCUACGCUGAAUAUUUGUGGUUUGGGAUCGGAGACAAGAAAGACAACUAUCGGCUGAAACUCGGAAACAAAUCAAGUGAGUCAAUCUGCUUUCUCUCGGUAAUCAUUAUCUAGAACAGCACGAAGGCGAGGAUGAGAAAAACAUCAAAUGUAUAAUGUAGGUGACGGUUGUAUUAAAAAUUAAUAUUUACAGUAAUGUGUGCGUGUUUCUCCUAAGAACUGAUUUCUAUCACACUUGCAAUUUGUAUCCGGGUAAACCUUAUCUAUGGAAGCCGAGGGCUGAGGGAGAUUUCACAGAGUCCUGCGUGGUUUGACAAUUCAUGAUAUGAUGCGAGAACAGAGUUCAUUAAUUGUUUUAUUACAGGCUAUUUUUUAUAAAAAUCUACAAGAUAGAGUAAAAAAUUCUUUUAUGAAAAGGAGGCUGGACUCCAAACUCCGUAAAAAAAAUUUAUAUUGAGCUUGUUCAAUUAACCACGACAUUUAGCUUGAAUAAAUUAUCUGAAACUUUUACAUUUCAAAACAAAGGGGUAACGAACUUAAGUGAUAGCAAGUUAAGCUUGAACUUGAAUUCCGAAAAGCAACAAAAAAAGAUACAUGAAAGAAUCCAUGUCAGUUUCAAAGUCAAGGUUAGAAUUCUUUGAUGCGAUUGGCUAAUUUGUGAAAAUCACGCGCCACGUGUGAACACAAAAUGGAGUACCAAGGGGGAGAUGGAGAGAAAAAAAAUUUGAUUUGAAAUUUAAAACGUAAGGGAAUUUCACUUCUCUCUGAGUUUGAAAAUGUUUGAGAACGGUACACGCUUAAGGAGCUUGGAAACCAGGAAAACUUUGAGCUGGAGUUGAUAAAUGCAAUAUAUGCUGCAGAUAUCGGGUUAUCCUGUCAACUUCACACGAUUUUGUAUAUGGACUGAAUUCUCUCUGCCAAUCAGAGUUUCCAAUAUAAGUCAAAUUUAAAAUUAAGAGUAUCGUCAUCAUUAUCAUCAUCAUCAUCAUCAUUAUCAUUAUACUUUAUGACUAUAAUUGUUAUAAUUAUUGGUGUUUUAUCAUUUCUAUUAGACUCUGCGACUGUCAAAGAUUCUCUUAGUGAUCAUAACGGCUCCCCGUUUCGUACGCGGGACAAAGUUUACAAGCAUUGUACCCAUAAGAUGUUUGGAGGCUGGUGGUACAUCAAGAAUACUGACUGUGCUGUUUCGUCAAAUCUCAAUGGUGCUCAUCAUUGUAAAAAGAGAAAAAGGAACAUGAACAAGACCUUGGGCGAGCUAAAGAUUCACUGGGGUAUGUUAUCUGACACUGACGCAAGUCACACCAGUCCACUAACAUCGGAAAUGAAAAUAAAACCUGUGGAUUUACCUUUUAAGUGUUAAAACACUUUAUUGAACACAUGUAAUCGUUCACUUGGCACCUAGUCGGUUUCUUGAUUAAUAAAAUACGUUAUUUCAGUCAAACUUGUUAAUGAAGAAUUUGCUUUAGUAUUUGUUUCUCUAAACGUAAUUUUGGAAGAAUUUACAGAAAUGACGGAUAAUAUCAUUUCUGUGAUAAUUAAGUUUCAAAUCUUAAACAACUUUUCCCACCCUCUAGGCGCCUCUUCAAUUUUCACCACUUUUAGAAAGGAGUUAAUUUAUUUUGCAACUAAAUAAUACAUGAUAACAAAAGGUGACGAUGUACCACAGGGGAGUGAAUUUAUAGUUUGUGAGCCAGUAAUGAAAUUUUAAUGCUCCCCUGAUGCAUUUCAGUUCCGCUUAUUCGAAACGCUUGGCGCUCAUUAACUCUCUCUGGGCGUUUAUUCGGGGCAGCUGCUUACAAAUGAUAACAUUCUUGCGAAGAGAAAAAUCAUGAUUUAGUAAAAAGUCUAAAUAAAAAAGCGUUUAAAAGAAAAUAAAAGAAGGCUGAAGAAAGCAGACGACUAUACAGAUGGUGCGACAUGGACGCAAACCGUAAUCACCAGCGACUUCAGCCGAUGAGAGAUACGAUGACACCCGAGAAAUCUCCUAUCAAUCAAUCAAUCAAACAAUCAAUCAAUCAAUCAAUCAAACAACCAAUCAAUCGUUUCCUUAGAGGAAUUAAAAAAAAAAAUGGUUAAGCUUUAAUCAUCUCAUCCUUCUGAAAUUGUACUCACCAACAUUUUAUUUUAUUAUCUUUAAUAUAUGAUCCAAGAACUGAUCUACCCUAGGUGAUAAAAACAGAUGGAAAGAAGGAAGAACCGAGAAAUUUUUUUCUCAAAUGAGUUUUGUACAUUUUUACAGGAUCGUCAUUACUAAACCUUAUCUCAAGCUCGAACUAAAGGUUUUUCCUCAGAAACGUGAAAAAAGGCGAAAAUUUAAAAUUAGUCCCACCUUCUGAAAAGCCUUUUACUCUUGAGUUUACAUUUUAACAGGGAGAAUUUUUAUCUCGCCCGAACUCUUGAUCCAACCGCUCUCUGUGUUUAGAUUUACUUAAAUCAUUUCCAAAGCCGAGUUCCCUACACGUUUUUUUGUCAACCUCUCUGAAAAAUAUUGAUUGGAUGAUCCGUAUAGUUGAGUACAACAUAAAUGCGUUGAAGAUGCUUUGGCGAUCGAUGUACAAAGGCUUAUAACUCAUAUUUGUGAUUACAUCAGAAGCCAUGCAAAGGUCUUGUCCACCAGAUAAUACCAAAAUGUUUUGAAAAAGUACUAGAAACUGACUUAAAAGUUUGUUAGAACGUUCACCGAUCAUCCGCCAUUAGUGGGCAAUCUUCGCUCUUUGCUGAUUUCUGAGACGAUUGUUCAAGCUUUGUGCUUUUUUCAGAUCCUCUUUUUGUUCUGCCAUGAGCUUCUCCAGAAAAGCAUACUCCACCUCCAUUGUCUGAUAACUCCAACUUAAGUCCUCUAGCCGCUGGACAAUAUCGACGUACCAGUGGUUCUUUAGAGAGCUGUCACAGCGUGAGUUCAGGGUUGGAAACUCCGAUGGAAGGAGAACCAUUUUGUCUUAGUUUACAAAUUGAUGUGUUGAAUUUACGCCAUCGGUGGCCAUGGUUUCCUAUGAAGGAAGAAAUUCAUAAUAAGGCGACUUUUGCGAAGAUUCUUAUUUGUCAGUCUAUGGUUUUUGUCAGUCAACUGACCAGCAAGAUAGUCAAUCAGUCAGUAAGGUAGUCAGUUACUCUGUCAGUUAGUCAAUCAGUCAGUCAGUCUACAUGCAUUUCCCAUGCACGCGUCAUAGCAGUGUUUAUUACGCAUAAGGAUUUUACUUCACUGUGACUGCAGCUUACAUCUGUAAUGAAAGCAUUCGCAAAUAACAUAUUGAAUAUCACUUCGUAAUCCUGCAAAAUUUUGGCAAAAGUUUCAUAUGCAUCAUUAUGAUCCACUCAGAGAGAGAAUUGUCAUGGAUUCUUGAAGCUUUUGUGAAGCGUUUCGUAAUUCAUGGCUAUAACUUUUAACAAGAACUUGCCAAGACGAAAACGUGUAUUUAUGUUGAUUUGUUUGAGCCGACAACACACAUAUAAUCAAAGGAUAAUUGCCUCUAAUUUAGACAGAAAACCACAAAAAAAGACUGCACUAAUGAAGGCAAUUAAUGUACCGUUGUUUAACAUCAGCAAGUCAAAAAGUUUGGAAACAAAUCACAACAUAAGUACCUUUUAAGUGGAGUAAAAAUCUAAGUAAGUUCUUCUUCAUUAGAGAGAGCGUGAAGAAGUAGUUAAGUAUCUGUACUCAGUUUACGAAGUCUUAUUUACAGUGUACAUGGGCAGAACGCGUUAGCUGAAGUUCUUAACAUUCUCGAGAUUUUAUAUCGCGCCGUUUUUUUGUUUGAAUUGUUCUGAGAGUGAGUCAGUUCUUUGUUUCAGAAGCGUCUCUUUCAAAAUGUGUUCUUUCUUUUCGCAGUUGGCUUCCAUUUGUGAGAGCGAACGUAUGUCGACCCCUGCAGGUCUCAAACGACUCGACCUCCUUGAAGAGCAAAAUUUGGAGCCUUGAUUUAAAUAAGAUAAGAAAGGUGGUAAAUUUUAAGCUUAGUCGUUGAAGAAAGUGAGAUGCUUUUGCUUUUUGUCGCAUGUGUUUGGAUUCAGGUUUUCCUGUCCCACGCUCGACAAAAAAACAAACAAACAAACAAAACCGAAGAAAAUGUUUAUUAAAUUUUGACUUAGUUUCUAUGGUUUGACUUCCAACAGGACUUAGGCCUUAUAAUCGGAGUAACACACAGCUAUCGUGUAAUCAUUUAAGUAUCCACUUUCCAAACUAAAUAGUAGUCUGUUAAAGCCAGUCAUUUAGGUUGUUUAGUUUUUUGGCGCUUUGGAUCGUUUUCAGCCGAAUACUGCUUUCGAAAGUUUGUUCUCCCAUGAUCUGGCUUAAAAUGUCUACACUCGUUUGCAAAAACGUUGACACCUAAAUAGCGUGAUCCAUAAACAAUCAGACACAUGGGCUUCAUGAGAAAUACUCGCACAGUUACAAAACAAUUUAGCAAUUCUUUUUACAUUACGAACAAGAAGUGAUUUUGAAAAGCAUUUCACUAUAAAAAAUUGCGAUAAAACAUUUCUUAAAAUCAUUUCAAGAUUAAAAAAAAUUGCUAAAAAGCGACGACGUUUCGACGUUGGCUGAACGUCAUUAUCAAGUCAAAAUAAGUAGUGAUUUUUGGUCUAUAAAUACUAAAAAAGCAACAAUAGCUGAUAAAAAAUUGUAACGUGAGAAAAUAUCAAACAAAGAGUUUCGCACGUAUGGAGUCCGUCUGAAUAUUUAAAUUGGGCUUAAGUUUCUUGAUGAAGAGCAUUUCAAAUACUAAGCAAUCAAAUUUGCUCUGGCACUUUCUUAAAACCCUGAAUUGGCUUUCUCUCAAAAGGUUGUUGUUACCAUGAGCUUCUAAGAAGAAGUCUUUACAUCAAUUCAACACAGAACUUCAGAGGUGUUUAACGUACUGUGGUCUCGAUCUUAGCCGCUAUAAAAGCCAUAGUUUUCGCAUUGGUGGCGCUUGUCAUGCUGCCGACAAUGGUUUUUCUGAUGCCCAAAUUCGUGCGCUUGGCCGCUGGAAAUCGGAUGCAUUUAAAGUUUAUUUACGUUCCGAAAUUCUUACUACUAAUUGAUAGACCAUUACAGUCUUGGGCGCCACUUCGUUCAGUCAAGGGCUACGAAGUUGUUGUCAUGCCGGUUUUUCAAGUGGCUGCUUUUUUGCAGGCUUUCUGCCGUUACAUUAAAUGUUUUAGUGUUUUUUGCCCACUUCCUCUUUAUAACUUCAGGUCAUUCAUGUUACUUAUCUCGAUGAGUUGAAUGCUUUCCAGGGGGUUCAGACAAGUGGCUGCCGUUUUUGGAUUGCAUUCUCUCUUUGAUUUUAGUCACAUGGGACUGUUCAGACAUGGGCUGCAGUCUUCAUGGAUUUUUGUGUAGAGUUGCUUUCCCUCCAUUACGUGAGCUUUGCAUUUUUAUUCUUUCUUUCAUUUGUAUUUGUCGUGUCUGUUCGUUUUUGUGGGGCUUCAGCCACAGUUUGUGGCUUGUGGCGUUUUUUGUCACCCCACGUUGACAUUAUCGGUUGAUAAGUUCAGAUAUUCCGCUCUUUGUUAUCACUUAGUCAUAAUUGAUUUAAUUAAAACUGCCACAGUUUGUGGCCAAAUUGUUCCAAAUCAUCUGUUGUGUUUAUUCUAGCAUUUCCUUCACGUUGGGACAUCUUUUUCGGGCAGAGCUCACGUAAAGGGACGUUUUUCUUGGAAACAUGCAUCGAUAUAAAAUAUAUUAAAGUUCACACGGCAACUAUGUGGACAAUCAAACAUGGUUUGAUGCUACUCUGGUUUGCAGAUUUAAUGAAUGUAACCGAAGAAGUUACAAUUCAUAGACCCAACGUUUCGACACUCCUGUCUAGUGCCUUCAUCAGGGGUGAUCCUAACGCAGCAACAAGAGGUCCUCUUACAUGAUCACUAAGUAGCUGGCUUUUUUCUCACGAGGUGUAAAUAGGCGUCAGGAAGCAAGCCGCCAUCGUCACGAUUUUAAAUGGCGUGGGCGGAGUUGACAUGCCAAGCCUCCAAACAAAGGCACUGGUAGUCACAGUAUGAAAUUAUAAAUUUACGAAUCCGUAAAGAUGCCGUCAAGUAAGUGUAAGAUCCUUUAUACGCGUCUUAUAGAACUUCUUUACACUCUCGUAAAGAAUGUCUUCACGCUUUGAAAACGAUAGUACGUAAAGAUCACGGAGAGACUAAAAACGUUAUCUUUACGUGCCUUGUAAAAUUCGUAUAAAGAAUAUUUACUAUAUUUUACAGCGACUGUAAAGCGAUCAGAAAGGCGAUCUUUACGCGUCAUUAAACUAUCGUAAAUGGACAAUAUUUACAUGCCCAUUUGCCAUUUUGCAGUCGUCUGAAUUUUUUGGCAACAUUCCCUUGUGCUUAUCAGACUAUAACAAAUGUUAGCUAGUGACAACAUUAACGUAAUGCGCUAUCCUAGUGCGUAUUUCCAAAAAUCGUAUCGAGAACGUUUGCGACAUUUUACGCUUCUGUAAAACGAUGCCGCACAUGCCUUUCAAGGACUGACCCAUAUAUAACAACACGUGUUUUAUACAUUGGAAUUUAUUUUAUUGUCAUAACUCUUUAACUUGAUUUUGUAAUAUUCACAGUAACGUAGCUAAAGGUUUAUAUGCACGGGAUAAGAACUGAAAAAUACAAAUAUCAUAAAUAUAAAUAUUUUUACAUAGAUAUACAAAAUGUCUCAUUGUUUUCGCACAGCUUAUAGGCACAUGGACCUUCGAGUUACCUUUCUUUGAUUCCGUUUCCUUGCUGCCCGAGUUGUUCUCGGCGACAAGUUUACACAAAGAGUCCACUUUUUUUGAAAGCUCUUCGAACUUUAACUAAGGCAUUUUCUUCAUCGUGCUGCCUCAAUUGCUCUCUCAAUGAUUGGUUUUCUUUCAAACAAUCAUCCAUUAGCACAGUAUAACUGUCGCUCACGCUGAUGUGAUCGGAAAUUCUUGACAUUUUGAAAGGAAAAGAGUCCACAGAUCACUUCACACGCCAAAAGUAAAGCCAGGAGUAAAGGUCGGAAAUUCUUGACAAUUUGACUUCCGCUCAGGUUGUCGAAACGUCAGUCACCAGAACCGACAACAGUCCUUCUCAGGACUACACUCACCCGGACGAUGAAACUACACUAUUACAUGUUAACCUCGGGUUCAAACCAUUUACUGUACUAAAUCACCUGUUAUACUCUCCCGCCGAUCUGCGGCAAACGUCCCGAGGACUAAAACCAUCGACAGUCGGAUCAUAAAGUUCGACAACCUUAUUAUUACAAACAUUAGAGCAUCACGCUUCCACACGUCAUUGCAAGGUCCAUUUCCUGGAAAAAAAAACAUGAUUGUCUCAUCACGAUAACUUCCUGAUCAUGAGUUUGAACGCGCGUUAAAAAAAGGGUAGUUUAAACAUAUUUAUGCGAACAGAAAGUUUAGAACCGGUGAAAAAGGCAGAAUACAGAUGCGGAAAAAAAAUUAAAAGCACGUAAAGACUGAUUAUGCGAAGGAAAAGUUAAGGGUCGUUGAGGAUUCGUAAAGAGAAUUAAUGGCACGUAAAGAUUGAUUGUGCGUAAAGAAUGCUAAAGAAUUUUAAAGGUUCGUAAAGAACAGUGAGUAAAGAUGCGUAGAGAAUAUUAAAGACGCGUAAAGAGUUAAAAGUUAAAAGCGAAACUGGUCAAAAUACCUCGAUAAUUCUACUGAAGAUGGAUGAGCCAUAAUUGUUUCACUUCUUUGAGUAUUUCUCCAAAUUGAAAGUGGUUAAUUAUAUCCAUCUUGAUCCUUAUCCUUAACGAACAUUUAAUAUCCUUUACGCAGUCUUUACGCUUCCUUUGCAAUUACCCAUCUUUACGGAACGUGGAACUUGUCCGUAAAGAAGAGGCUUUAUAUUUACGUUUCUUUACGUAAGCCGAGUUAAAAAUGCGUAAAUUUGCGAUUUCAUACUGUGGGUAACGCCAAUUAGUGGUGAUAAUUGUAGAAUUAUCCCACUCAAUUGUAUGGUUAGUUGGGCAUGUGUGCUCCGAUAAAGCUGAAUUUUCCUUUUUGUAAAAGAAAACCGCUUGUUGAUGCUCUUUCAAACGUGUACCAAACUAACGUUUGGUCUGUCUGAUGUACUCGUUGUCACAGUCAUUGCUUGGAAUUGAAUAAAUGGCGUCGGUUUGUUGUUCUUUCGUGAUAGGUUCCUUAAGUUUGGCGAAAAUAUGCCCUAAAGUCUGAAAAGGUUUUUGAGCAACUUUAACUUCAACUCCGCCCACGCUUCUUUAAAUCGUGACGAAGGCGGCUUGCUUCCUGACGACUGUUUACACCUCGUCAGAAAAAAAAAAAGGCAGCUAAUUUGAGAUCAUAUAAAAGGACCUCUUGUUGCAGCGUUUAGUUCACCCCUGGUGAAGGCACCAGACAGGAGUGUCGAAACGUUGGGUCUAUGAAUUGUAACUUCUUGGGUUACAUUCAUUAAAUCUGUAAACCAGAGUAGCAUCAAACCAUGUCUGAUUGUCCAGCUGGUUGCCGUGUGAACUUCAAUAUAUUUUAAGUUCUUGUAGAAAUAGGAACGGUAGAAGGAUAAGAUGAAGGCCUUUUCAAAUUAAGUAAUCAGCGCUCGGCCUGAUUUUGAACCACGGAGGGUUGCCACGAGAAGUUGCUGCACAAAAUUUGAAACGGCCUGCAUGCUUUGGUCGCAGAGUUUGGCACCGAUCAUAUUUAGAAAGCUACACUCUUUCAUUUCAGGAUCGAUUUUCUCAGAAAAUGUCUGAGGGAUGAAGCUCAAAUUUGGCGAAGACAUAGAGCAAUAUCUCAGAGAUCAACAACCGUCACCAGUUAGGAGAGAUUUUUAGGCAUUAAUUCCAGUUUGAAGUAGGGGAGGUCGCGGCUGUCGGCCACUAAGUUGCAAGCCUUGUCUCCCUUCUCUCAACAGCCUUCGGCCAGAAGUAAUUUGGUAAAAGACACUUCAAACGGCCAAUGAAGGCUAAAAGAAAUACCACAAAUAAGUUGAUUAACAGCUUAUUUAACUUUAUAGAGAUAUUCAGACCGAGAUGUAAUUUAAAUUUGCAAUUUUCAGGGCUUUAUUCAUGACCCUCUAGAUUUUGUUCGUCCUAUGUCAACAAUUAUUAACCACGAAAAUAUAGUGUGGUUGGCCCGUGGUAGCUCUAAGAGCAGCGAGGAAAAAGUUUUUAAACAGGGAAAAUACUACGAACCUGCUCUUUUUGAGCGGAAUCAUAAACUUUUUGGAUUUAUUCCACAAGGGCACUAAUUCCCUUAAAAAAUUCUAGAAAUAAAAGGAAAAAAAAUUCAUGUUACUAUCCCGUUUGAUAGCACUAGUUAUGCAAAUUAACGAUAAGUAUCGUAGGUGGCACUUUAUCAAAACUGUAAUUUACAGAAAGCAUUGCCACAGUGCUACAUUGUUACGUUUUUCUGAGCUAUUUCUUUACUCUGACUUCAUCCUUUAUAUCAGUGAAACUAAUAUGCCAUCAUCGACAUUGGAAAAUUAGUGAAAAGCUGUAGAUUGUGGUGAAUGUGGUGAAUGAUCCCAUGUAACUGAAUGAUCCUGAGUAACUAUAAAGUGCUACGUGACGCCAAUUCGGUAAUGAGUUCUUAACCUAAAAUCUGCCCUGUGGCGUUUAAUAUGAGGCUUCAUUAAUCACUUCAGUGAGCCUACGUAUAGCCGUAGCGUCCCCCUCAAGGUGAGACUGCAGAAACCAUGUAAGUUUAUUUAUUUAUCAAUUCAGUUUACUUUCUACGUGAGGUAUGACAAUAACCCAAGUAUUCCAGAAAAAGGAUAAUCAACCGCCUAAGGAGGUAUAAAUGCCAGCUUAAGACGACUGAUGUGCGGUAUAAAACGCAGUAGUGACCCCCUCGUUAGCCCUUAAGACUUUGCGUUCGGUAAUACUUUCCUUCAAAACUGUAUCUGCGUCUAAUAACCGGAGGAAGCCGGUGCAUUGCCUAAUGAGUUCUUUACGACUAGCUCCUAAUUUACUGCUUGUGACUGUUUUUGCGUUGAUCCAAAAUUUAGCUUCAACGAGUGCCGCUGUGGUAGACCGCAAGAAGAGCACCGGUAGCUGCUGGAAAGAAGGUAAGAUUCUCCCAGCAAAAGUUGGUGAUUAUUUCUAUGAGUAUAGGAAACGCUUGAGGAAAACAGAAGCGACAUUGGAGCGGCGUGCUGCGUUUUUUGAGGAAGCUAGAGAAUCAAGGUUGCAAAUUUUAUAUUGCAGAAGUUUGGUUUGAAACGGACAAACCGUGAUUUUCGGUAUUUUAUCAAUCUCGUUUAAUUUCUUGUUAAAAUCUCCUUUGCCAUAUGCGAGAGAAAAGAGAUAAAUCGUAUUUCGUAAUUUCAAUGUAUUGGAGUGAGUUUGUUCUUUAUACUUUGCAGAACUUUAGAGUCAUCCUGUUACGCUAAGCAGUGGGCAUUUUGAAGCGCCCGUCGAUACCUUGAGGGGGGAGGGGAGGGGAGGAUUGGGAGUGGCGGUGUUCUUCAGUAGCGGUAUUUUGGCAAAGAAAAUCGUAGAUUGGGGGAUCGAGAUGGACUUUCACAUCCUGCAAUGUUCGUUACUUGUGUUGUCCGUAAAGCUCUGGUACUAGAAAACCAAACUUUAUUUCUUCUCUUGCGUGUUUCAAAUUUGCCUUAAAAUCAAGGCAUUUAAAUCAAGGCAUUUUCCGCGUUGAAAAGCCUCAUUGUGUCCGGAAAAUAACGGGAAGGAUGUACGAAUGGAUUACAAAGCUCAUUGAACACGAAACAAUAACUUAUUGUAUCCUUAUUGUAUCCUUCCCGUUAUUUUCCGAGGAAGGCUUUGCUUCAAGGCUUUUCAAAGCGGAAAAUGCCUUGAUUUAAAUGCCUUUUGGCAAAAAGGCAAAUUUGAAACACGCAAGAUCAGCAUUACGACGAGAAACGUUAGAAAUGUCGAUUUUUGCGAUAAGCUGAGAGAAUUUGGACAGUGAGAACCAUAGGAUCAUAUCACAUAUUCAAAUGAGAGAGACCAGAGCGUGAAAGUAGCACAGUACGUGAAAGGGAGGGAGAGGAAGUUUAUCAAAAGGUGACAUUUCGGGAUACAGUACAAUCGUUACUCUCAUUCCGACACUGCCUUAGCCUGAAAUUUCAAAUUGAACUAGGAGCCCAUUAUAAUGGACUCUUUUUGGGAACUCUUAAUGGGAAUUUUUUUUUACUUAACAAACAUUCAAUAUUUAAACAGCCCACACAAGCCAUCUUUACCUCAACAGCUUAUUAUAAGAAUUGCGCCGAGCUGUACAACUGCGGCCAAACGAUCAGCGGUGUUUACACAAUCGACCCUGAUGGUAAAGGUGCCUUCAAUGUGUAUUGUGACCAAACCACAGACGGAGGAGGGUGGACAGUGUUUCAGAGGAGACUGAAUGGUUGCAUGGAUUUUAACCUGGGUUGGGCAGACUACAAAAAAGGCUUCGGUGAUUUCCUUAAUGGAGAGUUUUGGCUCGGACUGGAGAAGAUCCAUCGCCUGACGCAAAACGAGACAGAAAACAGGCUUCGAGUAGAUCUGGGAGUAACUAAACGCAAAACUGUCUACGCUGAAUAUUUGUGGUUUGGGAUCGGAGACAAGAAAGACAAGUAUCGGCUG